GAUCAUCAUUUUGGAAGUACCCGAACCCCCAUUCUGCAUUUUCCUUUUACUCGAUUUCUGCCAUUGAAAGUUUUAGGGAGAAGCUCUCCUUUGCAAACCCAGAACCAGGAAGUCGGAAGCUGGAGGCAAUAACUUUUGGUUCUAUCAUUGCCGUCUUCCCAGUAGCUUCAAUCUUCAAUAUGCAUAGCGAUUAAAGUGAGAUAAAAGGUGCAGUGAGAAGAGGGUUAUGCGCGGAAUUUUUGUCGAGCUUGGCUCAAGAGGAUAUGCCCAGGUUCCUCGAAAGAAUGUGUACCUUGUAGAUGUUUGUAAUGAUAUGGACGCCAAGAGGCAUGACAAGCACUUGAGAUCAGAUACCAUUACUACCACUGAAAGUUCUGAAGUGAAAAAACUGUCCUCUGUAGGAGGAACUGAAAGUAAUGGCAAUAUUGAAUUUGCUCGUCUGUCAGGCGAGCCAUUGACAAAAUUGGUGGAGCAAUCACAUGGAGAGUGCACGAAAGUUGAAUCAAGGAAGUGCCCAAAGGACAAGGAGACAGAAGAUCAAGAACUUACUGUUGGUGAUAAGGAUGUAGAGGCUUUGAGAAAUAACUUACCUAAAGAUUCUGGUGGCUCAAUUUAUAACAGCAAGGUUCCAUUGUGCAAUAGGGGAAUUAUAAGUGCCAAAGUCUCCAAUGGGUUAAGUGUUACUGUAGAGGAUUCUGAUAUUGGAUUAGAAAAUCACUUGGUUGGAGGGAAUCUUGGUAGUACGAAUCCUGAGAGAGAAAGUACGCAAAUGGACUUGCAACUAGAGAAUGGAAAAAACCAAAUGGCAUCGAGAUCAGCUGCUUCAAAGAAGAGGACAAGAAAGUUGUCCCAUGGUGCUGAUGUUAAUAUUGAACAAAAACGCCCUGCUGCAGCUAUCUGUGACUUCUAUGCUAAAGGCUGGUGCAUAAAAGGUAGCUCAUGUAGCUUUCUACAUAUAAAAGAUAAUGCAAUCGGAAGUGAUCAGCAUUCAGAGGAACAUGCUGGUGCUGCAUAUUUGAAAAGGCAAGUUCAGCCCAAUCAAGCAGGUUUGCAAUACAGUGCAGAUGCGUCAAAAUCACCAGUUUUUCAUCAUCUACCAAAUUCAUCUUUCCUAAAGGACUCUUCACUUUCUCUGAAAUUCGGCAUUUCUUCGGAAAGAACUUUACCAAGGGACUUCACCGAAAGCAAAGGAUGGGAUGUGUUGCAUGAGAAAAAUAAGUUUUUAUUGCAUCAGAGGGAGGACUCACUUCUGAGUGAACUUCCUGACUGUCAGAAAUUACCUUCUACUAGUUUUGAUGUGUCAUUUCCCCUUAAUAGAGAGGGUUCGACUGCAAGGAAUGAACAGCCUCCUGAGUUUGGACCCUCUUCAGGUGGCUUCGCAAAAUUGAGUGUCAUGGAGGAACCGGCUAAUGUUGCAUGCCCACGUUUAUUGAACGAUUACCAUUCUCCAGUUUUGAGAAGUUCUUUGAAUUCAAAUACUACUCUUACAAAGGGUGGUAUUUUAUCAUCGCGCUUCACUACUUCUAAUGAUUCUUUUCCUUUUACACCUUCCUCAAGUGCAAGCUUCUUUGGUGCUCAGAAGAUGUCCAUUAUUGAUGGAGAACAUCGUGUUUCUAUGCCGGCUUCCUCCUUCAUGAGAAGUUCCCCAUUUUCUCCCUCUGAAUCAGAUAAUUCUUUAAUCAAUGCAUCAAUGAAUUCUUCAGAUUACAAAACAAAAUAUUCUUGUGACGAUUGGGAACCAUCUGAACCUUUUAGACCAUCCUUUUUUAUUCCCUCAAUAAAUACAGCAAGCCAGUAUGAUCCUUUCUUGGACAGCAUUGAGUUACCGAGGAAAGUGGGUGGUUGUCAUAAUGUUUCUCUCGAUCGUCAAGGACAUGAAGAAGUAUCGCCUCUUAGUACUUUACAUAGAGCAUCGGGUAAUUUUAUGGUUCCUGGGAGCUCAAAGCCGGAAUUAAAUGAUGAUACAAGUUCUUUGUCCUCUCACAAUAAAGCUGAGGAUAAGAAUGAAAAAGCUGGCCAUGUAGAAGGCACGGAUUCACUUAUGUUUGAAGCAGAAAUACAAGGAUCUUCUGGUAUUGAUGGUUGCAAUGGUUCUAGGACUAGAGAGGAUGAUCACAUGGGUCUCAGCCGUGAAAAAAAUGUCCCCAAAAAAAUGAAAACGGAUACUGAUGGUGAAAUAAAGCUUUCAAAUAUUGCAUUUCAUGAAAAGGAAUCUGAAGCAGAGAGUGAUAGACAACUUGGUGAUAUGGAUGGUAAGCAUCUCAUUGAUGGAAAUGUGCACAAAGAAUCAAAAGCAACUAGGCACUUCCGGUCUGCUCUCAUUGAAUUGGUGAAAGGAAUUUUGAGACCGAAGUGGCGUGAGGGUCAUCUGAAAAAGGAUGUGCAUAACACAGUUGUUAAGAAAACACUCGACAAGGUUCUAGGCACCCUACAACCUUUUCAAGUUCCAACUACAGUGGAAUCAGUUAAGCAGUAUCUUUCUUCAUCUCGUCCAAAGAUCGAGAAGCUUGUUGAGGGAUAUGUUAGUAAAUAUGGAAAAUCUUGAGAUGGCAGGCUAAUGCAUUCUCUCUUUGGUAAGUUUCCUAAGGAUUCUACAAUUUAGAAGCCUUGAAGAGUUUGUCAAAGGUUGUUUUACAGUCUUGAUUCUUGGAGACUUGACACUAGUUGUGAUGGUUAUUAUUUGACACAUUGUGAUAUUUUCUUUUCUUAAGCAUGCGUUCUUCCCUCAUUUUGUUCUGUUUAAUUCUGAUUGCAAAUUUUGUCCGAAAAUAGUUCUUGUCGUCAUAUAACCUGUAAAUCUGGUGUUGAUUGUAAAUAAUAAAGCCCAUUCUUCACUUAGUCGGGUGAAAUUCUUCUCUCCAAUCAAACAAAAUAAUGGUAAUAAACAUCCACUUAUAAGAAAUUACUAAAUUUCUAGUUCAACGACUUCCAACUUGAUUGAUUCUAGCUUUCACUAAUUAUUGUAUUUCAUGUACGCAGUAGGGAAUGGUGUUAAUUUGUUUUAAUUUACUCAUUCUCGAAAUCUGAGAUUAACAACUACAGAUCAAGUCAACUUUUUGGUUUUAGGGAAUGGUGUUUUCAUUCUAAUGAUUUUUUUUUUUUUUUCCUUCUCUCUUUCCUUUUUUCCUUUUAAUUUAAGCCAAUUGGUGGUACUUUUUGUAAGCUCCUUCAGUUUUGGGUCAACCUACGCCUUAGCUCCCCAUAUUUUGUAUCUGUUUUUAUUGGUUAAUGAAGUCUCUUGCUUCUUAUUGAAAAAUAAAGAUUGAUGAAUUUUUUGUUCUUAGUUGUAGUGCUUCGGAGCCUGUGUUUAGAAAGUUAGCAAAGUAAUCUCCUUACCAUUAUUUUCCGUAUCUAAUUUCAGCUAUGUUUUUCUUACUGAUAUGGACUUGCUGAAAUUUUGAAGUACAUUUUGUCCGAGAGAAAUUAAAUAUUAUGUUUUCGUGUUGAAAUAUUAUCUUUUAGUUCCUCAACUAUGUUUGUCUUAUUGUUAAUCAUUCAUUAUUUUAUAAAAUCUUGAUUGCUAUGAAGCAUAGGCUAUAGACACAUGUACACAUACACAUUUUGAAGAAAAGAACGACUUGAGAUCAAAUGAAAGAAUGCACGAGGUUAAUACAAAAGAGUAGAGCCCAUCCAAAAGGAGCCAAAGGAUGAGGGAAAAAACCACUAGAAAUUACAAAAAGGAUGAGAGAUAAAGGAUAACCACUGAAGUGCUCAGUGGCGGAAGCCCAGAAGGAGUCAUUUAACCUAGCCAAAACCCGAACAUCCUCCUAGGGACUAUCUUUAUUACUAAUGACUCUCCUAUUUUUGCAAGCCAGAUGUUCCAUGAAGCUGCAAAGAAAGCUGCCUGCCUUAGAAACACACCCGAGGGUGUAAUAACUUCCCUUCCAUCAUAGUCCCGCACUCUCUGCUGCGAGCCAUCUUAGUUAAGAGUCCAAGAUUCUAAUUCUUAAAGUCACUGAAGCAAAUUGACAAUCCCAUAAAACAUGGUCUAGACUUUCCACAACCUCCUUGAUGUUAUUACUGUGGAAAUUUUUUGUGGCAAAAAAUCUGACCUUUGGGAUCUGAAGCUUCCAAGGUUAGGGGAACAAAGACACUUGUGGGUUAGACCCACGCAAAAAAGAAUAAAGAGCUACACGGCAUGCUAGAACACCAAAAGCAAAUAUCUUUUACUCUCGGACGGGAGCAAAAAUUGGCCAGAAGACAACAUGAUGUAAAUUGGGAUCCCGCUCAACUGACUGAGAAGAAGGUUUUUUUCCAAGAGGCAAGAUGCUUUGAAACCCUUUCGAUCAUUAGGUUCCAGGAGGAGGCACAAUUAGACAAUGAUUAAAAUAGCUUUUGUUAGAUGAUUUAAUGAAAAUUUUGUUAACUACAACUAUUAAAAUAGGUUUUUAUGAAAAGUUUUUAGAUUAAAAUAGAAUGCUGGAAAGUUUAGAGGUAAAAAUAGAGUAAGCAUGAAAGUUUAAGAGCUGAAGUUAGUUUUAUGUAUUUGUUUUUGUUUCAGUGUUCCAUGGACCUAUUAAUUAUUCAACUUAGUUCUACAA